AUAUUCUGCAUAAAAGGUUUGAGAUAUAAUAAGCGUUGGGUAUUUUAAACAAUGAUGAUGACAUGUUUAGAGAGUGUGGCGGUUAAAUACAUGGACACGAAGGUUUAUAAGAGGGAGUUUGAUGUUGUACAACUGAGCAAGGCUGCAAAGCUGUAUAAUGUGUGUUAAAAUGCAGCAAAAUAAUGACCAUACCGAUGGACGUUUUGAAAUACUGGAUACUGGACUUGGAAUUUUACUGUCAUUGUAUAAAACCAUCCAGCCAUCCAUGCAUUUCCUAUAACCUUGCAUCCAAUAAGGGGCAGUAGUACUGCAUGGCACCUGAACAGCUAAAAUUCCCUGUGCUGCUGUUGUCCAUUAAACUGGGCUUUAGCGCCCUCUGUAGGCCACGAUAUGUAUCUAUGUGUGUGGAGCAUUAAAAAACGCAACCGCAAUUACGUACAGAAGGAAUAAAUCUUACUUUGAGCUCGCCUAAGUAGAACAGGUAUUCACUGGUAACUUUGUCUUACUCAGCGACUGGUUGUUUGUGGGCCUCGUCGCUAUGGUAAUGAGUGGGCGUGGCAUGACUAGGCUUGGCCUGGAAACAAUGAUUGAAACACAAGCAGAGUGAUACCAAAUCAGACAGGGAGAAACGGGGGGGGGCUCUGGACUAUGGUCCCAGCCCCUUUGCUCCACUCUCACACACGUUACAGGUACAGGAAAAAGCCAGCAGAUGGUUCACAGGUGACCCAAUGCUCCAGAACAAUUUGGAACAAAGUCCACUGGGUUUCAAACCACACUGGGACUGCAGCCCGAUUCCAUCUCGACCAGAACCAUGGACGACCCCAUGCUGGAUCAGAUGACCAGGUUAAGACUGAGACUCAUGGAGAGAAAGCUGCAAAAUGAAAGGGACCGUAUUCAUGGAAGCGCAGAGUCGGCCCUCUCCACACGGAGCUGUGACGAUCAGGAACACGCACUGCACAGGGCAUUAAAGAGAAAGAGGAACUUACUGCAGAGGAUGAGGGAGGAGCACAUGUCAGAAGACCUGCGUCGCCCGCACACCUGGGGCGGAACACGUGGGUGGUCCAGGCAGAAUGUCCUGCCCCCCCUGCCGCCACACACCCAUGUGUGUCUCCCUCCGCCAGCCGCAGUCACGCAACCACCCCCCGCUGCUCAGCUGCCCCGGGUCCUCCAGCAGAUUCCACAGCAGCCGACAACCAUAAUCCAACAGCUUCCACAACAGCAGCCUAUCAUCGCACAAGUGCCACCCCCACUGCCAUGUCCAUCCAGCAAGUCAGGAAGCAUCAAAGAAGACAUGAUGGAGCUGAUGCUCAUGCAGAACGCUCAGAUGCACCAGAUCAUCAUGCACAACAUGAUGCUGAAGGCCGUCCCGCUGGGAGCGCUCUCACCUCCAGGGGGCGCCGGUCAAGCCGCCUCAGCGAGACAACUCCUCACUCCUCCGGUCCAGACAAAGAAGCCCAGAGGAGAUUCAGUUCAUCACCACCAUCACUACAGCACUCCUGCAGUACCGUUACCUCCCAUUGGCUGUCCCCUCGCAUCUCCAGUGAUGUCACCAGCAGUGCAGGGAGGGACCUUUCAUCCAACAUUGCAUCACGUGACUGGCCCAAUCAUGCUGUCACCUCUAAAUACCGCAGGUGUGCACAGUUCACGCCACACAUUCCCUCUGGGCCUUUGAUGUAAAAAGUAAGAUGAAGACAACAGAAAAGAGACACCGACCACUCAGCAAAUGUCACUCACAUCUGUCUGGAUCUGUGACUGUGGAUGCAGAUGUCGCACCUCUUCCGGAAGUUUCCUGAGUCUCCCACAAAUUGACAGCAGCACCCUGACACCCGCGAAUGAUGCACAAUGUCCUGGAAAUCUGUCGUUCCGCUAUUCGGCUUCAGUAAAAUUAGCCAUGAAGGACUUUUACCGCCGCAGCACCAUCUACCACUAGGAAUGGGCAGUAUCCGACUUCCAAUACUGUCUUACCAUCCAGAUGUUAUACCGUGGUAUUUUCUAGUGCUUUCGCACUCAGCAUUUUUACAGUUUGACUUUAUUCCUAAUCAUUGAAAGUUAUUUAAGUUAGUGAUGGUUGUAAAGGCUGUUUGCAGGGAGCUGUAUCCUAUGGCUCCAUUCUGUUCAUACAGCUGUCGUUCUUUAUCCGUUUUCUCUGAGGGGGCGGGGGAUACGAGUUUUAUCUGAGAAUUAUCACAAAGAUAAUAACAGGGUGAGAUUUUAAUCAGAUUCAGACUUAGCCCACAAUAUAAUUUCAUUUGUCAUGUGUGGAGCAGGUUUAGUGGCAUUAAAUUAUGCAUAAUGCCCCCCCCCCCCCCAUUUUAUCACAAACAUACUACAUUUAAUUUACUCUCUGUGUGAAAGUUGUCUUGCAUUGAAUGCCACAGACACGGGAAAAGGUGACAAUCCACUUAACAGCUCAAGACAAGGGGUUUAUUACAGACAUAGAACAUACUGGUUUAAACAAUGAAAACCAAAAAGGGCACAAGGGGCCAAAAAAAGGAAAAACUAUAGAAUUAACUAGGAGACUAAAUUAACAAGCAGAACUAAACAGAACUAAAGUACAAGAUACCAAAAGGAAAUAAAUUCUGGGAAGAAGGCAACACCAGGAGCGUGCGCAGGGCACAUAACUAGCAGUCCCAACCCACUGAGCCAUUGCGGUGGGCCAGGGAAUCAGGAGAGCACACUGGGACUGAAGGGCAAGAGACAGGCUGGAGAACAGGAUGGCCAGCGACACCUGCAGGCCAAACAGGGAAGAGACAUGAAGGUCAGGGUUGGACGGGUGCUGAUCCUGACAGAGAGUCAUUUGUCCUUGCCUCAUUUUCUUUAGAAAAACAUGUUAAUUAAGGAGGCAAUUUUUUUGUCGAGUACAUGUUGUGCCCCCACCCCACUGCGGUGGUCAAGAGAACCCAAUGCAAUUCAAAAUUAAGAAGGGCACGUCUAACAGAAAAACACACUGCAAAGCAACAAAGCAUAUUAUUCAAGUUCAUAACGAACCGGCAAACACACUACAAAUUCGUAGACGCUACACAAAUUCAGAAAAAACUUGACAACACAUUGGACCCACAUUUCUCAAACGCGCUGCACAUUCACAGACCCGCUGCAAAUACAGAAAACAGCCAGAACUUCAGAAACACAACGCAAGUAGCCACAACACAAUGUUUCCAGAGGACACUUUUUAGGGGCGUACUUUUCAAUGGAGCCAAUGGUAUAGAAGGGGAUUAUGGCCACCAUGAAAAUAUUAUUUGAAUUCUGACUUUUUUCUCAGAAUUCUUACUUUAAUCUCAGAAUUCUUUUUUUUUCUAAAGUCAGAAUUCUGAGAUUAAAGCCAGAAUUGCUUUAAUUCAUCCUAAAGGUGUUCGACUGGGUUGCAGUCAGGGCUCUGUGAAGGCCAGUUGAGUUCCUCCACACCAAACUCGCUCAUGCAUGUCCUUAUGGAUCUUGCUUUGUGCACUGGUGCACAAUCAUGUUGGAACAGUAAGGGGGCGUCCCCAAACUGUUCCCACAAAGUUAGGAGCAUGAAAUUGUCCAAAAUGGCUUCGGGUGAUGCAGAAUUAAGAAUUCCUUUCACUGGAACUACAGGGCCAAGCCCAACCCCUGAAAAACAACCCCACACCAUAAUCCCCCUCCACCAAACUUUACACUUGACACAAUGCAGUCAGGGAAGUACAAUUCUCCUGGCAAUCGCCAAACCCAGACUCGUCCAUCGGAUUGCCAGACAGAAAAGUCACUGCACAGAAUACGUCCCCACUGCUCAGUGGUGCUUUACACCAUUGUGUCCAAUGCUUUGCAUUUCACUUGGUGAUGUAAGGCUUAGAUGCAGCUGCUCGGUCAUGGAAAUCCAUUCCAUGAAGUUCUCUACGCACUGUUCUUGAGCUAAUCUGAAGGCCAUACGAAGUUUGAAGGUCUGUAGCUAUUAACUCUGCAGACAGUUGGCAACUUCUGCACACUGUGCACCUCAGCAUGCGUUGUCCCUGCUCUGUGAUUUUGUGCAUGAUUUUAUACACAUACGCCUAUGGAAGUGAUUGGAACACCUAAAUUCAAUGAUUUUGAGAGGUGUCCCAGUACUUUUGGCAAUAUAAUGUACAUUCAAAAUAAAGUUUGCUUAAAAUGUACUUUUAAGCUAUACUAUACACCAAGUAUAGCUCAGUUCAAGUAUGAUUAAGUACACUAAAGCAUAUUUAAAUUUGAAUCAUGCCGAUUGUAACUCGAGGGUCCACUGUAUACAAAACAUACCACACUGCACUUGCAAACAAGUAUACUAAUUAGUUUAAGUAUCCUUAAGCACACUAUCGCACAUUUUCAGUCAUAAUGUACUAUUUGUAUCCAUAAUGUAUGUUUUAAAAUAUGCAAAAGUACUUUUAAAGUGCGUUUAAAGUUCUUGGAAGGUUCCCUGUUAGUUUCUCGUGCUUGGUUUUAUUAAUGUGUGUAACUUUGUGUUCUGUGGACGUAUUUCAAGUUUGGUUUUAUAAACGUUAUU